CAAGAUCGCACUCGCGAAUUUGGUCAAAUUUGGAAUUGGGGCAUAGCCUAUAACUACUUGCUUCUUGUCAAGAUCAAGGCCAUAGAGCUCGCACUUCCUUCUUUUUCUGCAAACCUCAUAUCUGCAAUUCAACACAGUUGCAAUUCAACUCUCUCUCUCUCUCUCUCUCUCUCCAUCCAGUUACAUGAUGAUAUCCAUGGAAAGAACAAGCAGCUUGCCACUUCAGCCUCCGACUUACGGAAACCUCAUUACAAUUCUAAGUAUUGAUGGUGGAGGGAUAAGAGGGCUUAUCCCAGGAACCAUCCUCGCUUUCUUAGAGUCUGAACUUCAGAAACUAGAUGGUGAAGAUGCAAGAAUCGCAGAUUAUUUCGAUGUUAUUGCUGGAACGAGCACUGGUGGUCUUGUCACGGCCAUGUUAACCACCCCCGACGAGAACGAUCGUCCCUUGUUCGCUGCAAAGGACAUUAAGGAUUUUUACCUUAACAAUUGCCCUAAAAUCUUCCCUCAAGACAGUUGUCCUUUCGCGCCUGCUACGAAGAUGAUCAAAGCUGUGACUGGCCCAAAAUAUGAUGGAAAAUACCUGCAUAUGCUCGUGAAAGAGAAACUCGGGAACACAAGAUUGAACCAGACAUUGACUAAUGUUGUUAUCCCAACGUUCGACAUCAAGCGACUUCAGCCAACCAUCUUUUCUAGCUACGAGGUGAAGAAAACGCCGACCAUAAACGCCUUGCUCUCGGACAUAUGCAUCUCAACCUCAGCAGCACCAACUUAUCUCCCAGCUCAUUAUUUCGAAACCCAAGACUCCACAGGAAAACCGAGGGAAUUCAACCUCAUAGAUGGCGGCGUAGCUGCAAACAAUCCGACGUUACUCGCAAUGGGCGAAGUGACGAAGGAGAUCAUGGGAGGAAGCUCGGAUUUCUUCCCUAUAAAGCCAAUGGAUUACGGAAGAUUUCUGGUGAUAUCACUCGGGACUGGCUCGCAAAAAGUCGAAGGGAAGUACGGCGCAAGUGAAGCUGCCAAAUGGGGAGUGCUGGACUGGUUGAGCAGCAGUGGUGGGAGCCCCUUGGUCGAUGUGUUCAUGCACGUGAGCGCCGAUAUGGUCGACUUCCACCUCUCUGCGGUCUUCCAGGCCCUGCACCUUGAAGCCAACUACCUCCGGAUUCAGGACGACAACUUAAGCGGGGCCGUGGCAUCCGUGGAUAUCGCAACAAAGAAGAACUUGAACGACUUAGCCAGAACCGGCGAAGCACUGUUGAAGAAGCCUGUUUCAAAGGUAGACCUAGACACAGGUGGAUGCAAGGCGUGUAACACGGAGACUAAUGAAGAGGCUCUCGGAAGGUUUGCAAAAAAGCUCUCAUGUGAGAGACGACUUCGUCUUGCUAGGUCACCUCAUGGACAUAACUCCGCAAGUUUGAAGCAAUUCUAAACUGUACAAUCGAGGGACGACAAAUGUGAAGAUUGAUUCUUAGGGGAUAACUCAUUUAUUCUUUGAUUGUUUCAUUCUUUCCAUUCUCGAAUGAAAUUCCAAGCAGACAAUUUUCGUGUGGGGUUUAAAUUAAUCUAAUUCUCCUUGAUGAUUAGUUUUGUAUGUAGUAGCUGGUGUGAUAGCUUGUAAACACCGUCCAUAUGAAUAAAGACCUCAUUAUUAUGGAUUG